UGCGCCACGUGGCAAGCAGCGGAUUCACUCUGGGGGUCGAAAGGUGGUGGCAGGAGUUUUUCGUCCGUCUGUGGCCGCUGGCGAUGAUCUUGGCGGGAUACCCUCGUUGUGCCACGUGGCAAGCAACGGGCCAAUUCUGGCGGCGGAAUGGUGUGGGCAGGACUGAGGGAGGUGGAGCAAGUGUGCGCGACUGACCAGGGCGUAUCCACGUGGCGGCCGGCGGCUGAACCCGUUCAUCAGAAGUUAUACAUAUAUGUCAGGGGAAGAGGAGGCAGUGGUGGUUAUGGUUAUGGGAGGAGAGAGAGCUCGCUAGCAGUGUUGUAGGACCGUAGGUUACGUAGAAGCAAGGAAGAGGAAGAGAGAGUGCAAUUGCGCUGUCCAGAGGAGGAGAGAGUGCAAUUGCGCUGGGGGACAGUGAGUGUGGGGUGCGAAACGCAGUGGCACUUCAACCCAUCUCGGUUGGUGGGUGAUUGCCAGGCUAAUACGGAGAAGCUGUCUCGUGCCGGCGUUGGACGCAUCACUCUUGUGGGGCGCCACGUGUCUGCACCUUUCACAAUGCGAGCUAUGGACACGAGUGAGGGGGUCAUCAAGACCCUGGCUUACGUCUGCUUGCUCAUCGUUGCAGCCGGGCGACCGGUCGCUAGCUUCGGGAGCACAGUUCACCGCCUUGAUCUGGCCCGCGACCGCCUGUACUUCCGCCUUCUCCAGGCGCCUACGGAGCCUUCUCCUCUGUCCUCCAUCCCGACCCCGACAUCUGUCCCCGCUUCGACUUCCUCCCCCGUCCCAACCUCCGUCACCCCGGCCUCGACGUCGCUGCCUCAAACAGUGCCAACUGAGAUGCUCCCCCGACUCACCGUACUGGACGCACCGCUGUUCAUGAACAAGUCUAGCCAGGUCGUUGUCGCUCAUCGGGACUUCGCGCCUCCCAACCGGUCGUCCACCACUAGGUGCAUCUCGGUCGUCACAGAUAUCGUGGCCUCUUCCGCCGACCCUACCUUCUAUUACAGCGUACAAGACGUUUGCGUGGGCGGCGAGGGCACUCUCCUCGACCCCGCCCACAUCUCCCACGUCUCCUUCUCCUUGUGGAGAGGCAACUCGUCGUCGACGCGCGGCAGCAGCGGCGCUUCCGCGCCGCUGACCUUCCAGGAUGACGACCGGUCGCUGAUCACUUACUGGUGGCCUCAUCUAGUGCCCAACGGGACCCGAGUUUCCAACCGAACCACACUUGCUUCGGGCUCCGUUGUCACGAACCGCACUAUCAUGGCAACCCCUCUCGGCCUGGACAUAGCCAGCGACGGAACCCACCUGGUCUUGAUUACGGUCCCUGUCGUUAAUAUCCCUGUGCCGCUCUUAGUCGCCUCCGUGUCCGCUGUCGAUGGGUCCCGCCUCUCGAUCCCACUUGAAGUCGACGGCAGUCCUUCUUUCACCAUGGACCCCGCGAAGUCUCGUCUGUAUAUUGCAGAGGUGGCCACACCGUUGCGUUUCCUCUCUCCCGACGUAGACGAGACAGGACUGCCGACGGCGCCGGACCAACUCUCCGCGACCGGGCAGACGCUGAAAGGGGUGAACUUUUCCGAUGUCACCUUCACCUCUCAAAGCGGGAUCGCCGACGGGAGUUGUCUCUACUUCACCGACGACAAACGAUUGUGGGGAAUCGAUCCGCGGACCUACAACAGCAGUUUGGUGGCGGGCUCGGGGGCGGACAAGGUAGACGACGGCGAUGGCGACACAGCAGCUUUCAACAACCUCCACCGCGUCGUCACUACCCCCGAUGGGUGUAAUGUCUUUGUCACGGAAACGGGGGAGGAGCACGACGUCGUUCGUUGGAUAAAACUGGACUCACCCUGCAGCAAGGCCAAGGAAGUGAAGACCGUUGCGAGGUACCAGCACGGGACCGCGGCUGGAUUGGCGCUUCAUUUUUUCGAUGGCCAAUUAAGACUGUAUGUCGGGACGCAUGAUGGACUUAUAAUCCAGCUGGAGAUCGAUCAAUCUCGGCUGCAGGCGUGUGCCGGAUCGACAACGCCUCCUGGAUGGACCACCAUCUCUGCCUCCCCAUCUGGCACCACCUUCUCUUCUGCCGGGGGGAGGAACUCCACCAUGUCCUCCACCUCCACCUCCUCUACUCUGAGCGCAGCCCCUUCUGCUUCGUCCUCCGUUCGAUCGAAAGUUCUCGGGGAUUAUUACGUUGUGAUUGGGUGGAUGGUGAGCCUUGGGGCGCUGCUGUUGGGUGGCUGGUAAGGCCAUUUUGCCGCCGCCGGCGGGAGGAGGAGGAGGAUGGAUGGGGCACUCGCUCUCGCAGCACUCCUCACUCGAAGCGAAUCCAUAAAAGACAAAAAUUUUAUGGCGGUGGAUAUUUCCUUUCGUUCUAGCGGAAGGGUUUUUUUUCUCAUUUUGCGCAUUUGGUGAGUGGUGCGGGUGACGCCCGAGAUGUCUUCGUUUUGCCCUCUCGUUCAGCGCAAGAGCCGCCACCAUCGCUGAACACUUCCUGUUCCUUUUGUCCAAGAAGCACCUGAAAUUCAUUCCGUCCUCCUGGAUUGCGUAGAAGCACAUCGGUCGGGAUCCCUUGGGUCGGUUGAUGAGUCCCGAUGCGUUGUCGUUGGUUAACGCAGUAAUUGGUCAGUCUCCCAGCCGAUGGGAGGAUGUCCGUUUUGUCGUGUAGCGCAAGAGGGGCCAUCGUGCAACGUGCAUGCCUUGUGGAGGCGUUUUGCUGAAGGCGUUUUGCUGAAAUCCGCCCAAGACGUCAGUCAACGUGGCUGGGACUUAAGCACACAGCGGCCGGGAUCUCGACCUCGGGUGACGAAGCGCCCACGCGUCCGUCUCGCUGAAAUACGUUUCUACCCCCGCAACCCUCUCGCACUUGAUGAUAUAGAUAUAUAUACAUCUAUUUAUCUAUAUAGUAUAGAUAUUUAUGUAUAUGUAUAUAUAUGUGUAUAUAUCACUUAUGACAAUAUGUAUAUAUGUUUUUUUUUCCCCCUUUUUCUCGAAUAUUUGUAGUAUAUCGUGACGGAGCCCCAAGCAGAGAUCAGAAGUAGCGGGGCACGCUAACAUACUGCGGGCCUGCCAAAGCAUGCUAUAGGGCUAUGCCGGCGUGAAGAGGGUUUUUUUCGUACGAUUACGGUAAUGGCGGGAGGUUAUGGUGGGAAGUUAUGGAGGGAGGUUAUGGCGGGAGGUUAUGGCGGGACGACUUGCAAAAGUAGAUGCCUCUAGAGAAUCAGAUUUUGUUUUUGUUUAUUGCGGGUCUGCAGGGGCAUGCUGUAAGGCAAUGAGAAAAAAAAAAAAAUCAGGUGUUUUUUAUUUUUUUCCCAGUGCGGGCCUGCCGAGGCGUGCUAUAAUAGGGCGUAGCCGGCGCGUAAAGAGGGGUUUUUGUACGAUUACGGUAAUGGCGCGAGGAUUACUUCCAAAACUAGAUCCCUGUAGGGAAUCAGUUUUUUUUUUUUUUAAUCUCUCACCAAUCAGAAUUCUUUCAUCAACGCAACUCGACCAUAGAGAUACCGUAUUAUUUAGGGCUCAGUUAUUGGUUAGUGCGGGGACAUGUAGAAGAAGAGGGUGCGCAACUUGGUACCAGUGGGGAGCAUGUAGAAGCUUUGUAGGGGAGAGGGGGCUAUGUCGGCGUGAAGAGGGUUUGUACGAUGACGACGAUGACGGGUGGAGUUUCUUUUCUUUCUUUAUUUUAUUUUAUUUUUUAUUUGUUGAGGGAAGAGAGGAGGUCGACUAUCUCAGCUUGAUGCGUAUGGAGAAUCAAAUUUUUUUUUUUUUUUUUUUUUUUCCCCUCUCUUUUUCAGUUUUUAGUUAGAUAUUGUUAAUCAUUAAUCAAGCAAUCGCGACUAG